CACCCUUCUUUUUAAAAUUAUUAAACGGUGACGUUUUGAUAACCUAUCUCAUUUUCAUUUUCCGUCUCCUUCCUCUUGGAAAACUCUCCCAAAGUCCCGUGGCCUGGAAAUCCUGGAAUUCGAACAAGACGCCCAUCUCCGGCACUCUCUAAGGCCUGCCGCGAUUCGCGCGUAUUCCUCAGCCGCGAUAUCUCUUCUUUUCCGGCCGAGAUCGUGGUCCUUUUGAUUUGCUUAUCAUCUCAAGGUUAUUUGAUUUUGUCAUUUCCAGUCAAAGAAAGAAUAAAGAAUCAGCAAUAUGCCGUCUCUUCAAACUGCGUUGCCUCCUGAACUUGCCAAUAACACCAUUCGACUCUAUCGUGAAUGUCUUCGCCGGGCUAAGUAUAUUGGUAGUAAGCAAUUCAACACCGAGCUGAUUGUCAAUAUGGUAAGGCAGCAGUUCAAGAAGAAUAUGCAUGAGACAGAUCCUGAUAAAAUUCAAAAGUUCAAGGAUGAUGCAGCAAGAGGCCUCAUAAAUCACAUGCUGUACGAGUCCGAUCAUUUCAGUGGCCGGAAAACGAGGAAGACUGCUGUGUAAAAACCUACUAUGUUCAGGGGGAAAUUCGCGGUAUGUUAAUGCUCUACAUAAAUGAAACUCUUCCUUCCAUGCCCAACUCUCUCAUUUCCAUUUGAACAAUGCACACUAUGGGGAUUUCAAUCUGUUUUUGUACUCUUGAAGAGCAUUUCAUUAUAUAAUUUGUGCCUUGUAUCCCUAUACUUUUAGUCUGAGAAAGCAUUGAUAUAUUUAGCUUAAUACUUUUCUCUUGUGUAUGAAUUUUAAGAAAACUGAAUAACACAGAGGAAAGUAU